UGGGUAAUUGCAGAAAGGGAACUCAGACAGUGUAUAGAGGAGAGGGCAAUAACUAUAGGCAUGACAUUCACAGUGAACAGAGUGAAGUAGACAAAAAAGCAAAAACAACGCCAAAAGAGAGGAGAAAAAAUGAAGAGAACUCAUAGCGAAUAACUCAUAAGAACUCAGCAAAUGUCACCAGAAGGUGUUAUGAUUGAAAUAUCUGCUAAUAGGGUAAUGUCACUGUAAGUAUGUGUUUGUUUUAGCUUUAGUCUGUCUUCUCUGGCAGGUGAGUUUGACAAGUGAACUCUCUAAACACAACAUGCCUCAUCAGAGUAAAGCUCUUUGCAUGAGUAAAGCAACCUUUGCAUUUCCUCCAGACUCCCGAUACACAUUGCCAAGUUUUCACUGGCUAGUAUCGGUCUAUCUCUUCUCACAUUUUUUGUCUGAUAAAUACACACAUAUAGGCCUACACACCAGUUUGUAGUUGAAAUAGAAAAGCCUUUGGACAUUGGUUGGCUCAGUAGCAUGUCUGUCCAUCUGCCUUACGGUGACUCCGACGCACUCGGUGAGGUCAGCGUCCUUGAAAAGCCCAGGCUGGCUAAAUACACGGUUGGCAAAACGACCUAUUAGGCUCCUGCUAUCACAACAUUUCUGUGGAAAAAUGAUAAGCCUGCGCACCAGGUGUAGAGAAACUGCUUCAAUGAACAACAGAGGAAAUAAGCAUUUCAGAGUGUAUUGUCCUCAGGGUCUGAAAGACAUUGGGUGGGAUCACAUGCUCCCAGUAUAAGAUCAUAGAAAAGUGGGAUCACAUGCCUUCAGUGGAGACGUAUGGCAGUGCAGCAGUAUGUAUGUUAUCAAAAGUUAGUCACAGGUCAGAAAGGACUGGCGCGUUGUGAAACACUGUUGGUUAUGAGAAGCUGCAGCCACUCGGCCAAUUGGCAGGUCCCCAGAUGUGUGUGGAGGUUGCUUUCUGGUGGGCGGUGUGCUGGAGAGGCCUCAUCCUGUGGGCAGUGGGGCUAGUGUCAGUAGCCGACUCCCUGUGGCCCUGCCCCCUGCGCUGCGAUUGCUACUCCGAGGUGCUGAUGGUCAACUGCUCGUGGCGCCACCUAGCGUCCGUGCCCGAGGGAAUCUCCGGAGACUCGCAGCGGCUCGACCUCUCGCAUAACCGCCUCAAGGCCCUCGGCCGCCGGCAGUUCUCGGGGCUCGGGCAGCUGCGGGAGCUGGACCUGAGCGACAACAUCCUGACCAUGAUCGAGGUGGAGGCGUUCCUGGGGCUCCAGAACCUGCUCACGCUGCGGAUGUUCCGCAACCGGCUAAAGAUCAUCACCGUGGGGGUCUUCUCCGGGCUGCCCAGCCUGCGGCUGCUGGACAUCAGCGAGAACGAGAUCCUCGUCUUCCUGGACUACACCUUCCGCGAGCUGGCGCACCUACAGCAGAUGGAGGCCAGCGAGAACGACCUGGUCUUCAUCUCCCAGCGCGCCUUCGUUGGGCUGGCCAAUCUCCAGGAGCUCAACAUCGACCGCUGCAACCUGACCGCCAUCCCUACGGACGCACUCUCGCAGCUGAGUGGCCUGGUCAGGCUGCGGCUCAAACGCCUGGGCAUCACUGCCUUGCCCAACAACUCCUUCCGUCGCCUGGGGCGCCUGAGGGAACUCGAGGUGUCCCACUGCCCCUGGUUGGAGUCCUUGGCAGGGAAUAGCCUUUUUGGCCUGAACCUGACCUCUCUAACAUUGAGUCACUGUAAUCUAAGUACGUUUCCCUAUGCCGCCCUCCAUCACCUGGUCUACCUUCGCUAUCUAGACCUUUCAUACAACCCCAUUACCUCCAUUCAAGGUAAACUACUGGGUGACCUGUUGAGGCUGCAGGAGCUGCACCUGGUUGGGGGCAGUCUGCUUCAGGUCGAGCUGCUGGCUUUCCAUGGCCUCGCUUAUCUCCGCCUCCUAAACAUCUCCUCCAAUCAGCUUGUGACGCUCGAGGAGGGGGUCUUCCAUUCGGUGGGCAACCUCGAGGUCCUAAGGCUGGACGAGAACCCGUUGGCGUGCGACUGCCGUCUGCUGUGGGUGAUGCGUCGCCGGCUGCGCUUGGACUUCGACGCCAACCCGCCGACCUGCAACGCACCCAUCCAGGUGCAAGGAAGGUCCUUCCAGGACUUCACGGAGUCCGAGAUGCCUGGACUCUUCACGUGCCGGCCGCCUCGGAUCUUGAGCCGUAAGCCGCAGGAGGUGAGAGUGGAGGAGGGACACACCGUGCCGUUACUCUGCAAGGCAGAUGGAGACCCCAUCCCCUCCAUUUCCUGGCUCAGCCCCAAACACACCAAGCUCUCUCCGACGGGUCGGAUACGCAUUCUCCCCGAUGGUUCUCUGGAGGUGCGAUAUGCCCAGGUGCAUGACAGCGGCACUUAUCUGUGCGUGGUGUCGAACGCGGCCGGAAACGACACGUUUCCCGUGAGCUUGCGUGUCCGUGGCUUCCCGUCCUCCGGUCGCAACCGCUCCGCCUCGUACUUCCUGGAUGGAUGGAGCCUGGUGACGGCACCGACCGCUGUCAAUGGCUCGUCGCAGCAGACCAAACCAUACCCGUUCGACGCCAAGACGCUGGUGAUCGCCGUGACCAUGGGCUUCCUGUCGUUUCUCAGCUCCGUGGCCAUCUGCUUCGUGUUCAUGCUCUUCUGGAGUCAGAGCAAGGGCCAGAUCAAGCACACCGCCACCAUCGACUUUGUGCCGCGCUCCUCAGGGGGUGGCGGUGGUGGCGGUGGAGGUGCAGAACCCAGCAAGUUCACUAUGAAGCUCAUCUGAGGGGGAUGAUUCUGAUGCUGAUUCUGCACUGGGCAUGUCUGACAAGGCGGAAAAAAGAGGACGAGAACGAGAACGUCCCAGUUGGUUCUUUUGGAGAGGAAGAUGAAUAUGAUCAGACAUCGAUCAGAAACAUAAAAAGCUCGGGUGGUAGUGUCGCCACCUGGCAAUCGGUUGGCCUGGGUUUGAUACCCAAACCCACCAUUGCGAAUCCAUGUUGCUUUGGGUAAAAGCGUCUGCUAAAUACCUAAACACCAGUCACCUUUACCUUUCAAAAGAGAUAGUGUGUGUGUGUGGCAAUGCACUGGCCAGUGGUUUCCAUAAAGCAUCCAUGGACCACAGGAGACCAUAACAUUCAUUCAUUGCACUGGUUAUGAGCUUAAGAGUCCAUACUGCAUGUCCAUGAGUUAAGCUGGAGGGCUCUACAUAUGUCUGCCUCGCUCUCCAAAUGAGUUAAAGGCUCAGCUCUGAGUGAGAAAAAAAACCUCUGUUGUUCGGAAAACCCCUGAUAUGUCUCUGAUCAUGGGGAGGAUAAUAAAUGCCUUGGUGAUCACGUGACCCAAGCAGUCUGAGAUCCCAUUGGAGGAAACUGUGCCACAGUCGGAGCUCUCAAUGGGGUUUAGUGUCUAUUUGUUUUGCCCAGUGCGUUUUUUAUUAUGGCAGACAUGCACUUCCACAGCCACUGGAUGAUGAGAUUAAAGAUUGGAUUUAGAUCCUAGGACUUUUAUGUAUGGAACCGCUCAUCUCAAAACAGGACUGGAAGUGUCAUUCACGUUUUUUUGAAUGAAGUCACAUGUACAUGGUUUGUUGUGACAAAAAUAGUCUCAACAGGGAAAAAAAAAACAUUUCCCUUUUCAAAUCACGUGGAGGGAAUUGAGAAGCACCAGAUUCUUGAGCUUGUUGACAGACAGCUGCAGCAAUACAAAAUAAACUCUGUGUUCAUUUAGAUUGUAUUGUCCACUGAUUGUCCAAUGAUAUACGCGUAUACCUUACAUCUUCCAGUAUAACAUUUUCAUUUGGAUCAAAAUGGUUCUCUUUCUCUAAACACAGAACAUUUAAUUUUGUUCAGCUAUUGAUGUGUAAUCAGUAAUCACACUGGGUAAUUCUGCAACAUAAUUACUCUAUUCGGCAAGUUCAUGUUUUUUUCAUAAACUGGAGCUGAACUUAAAUAUAUAUGUAAUGCAUGCUUUUGCUCAUGUUACCUUUCACUUCUACAGGCUUAAACACCAACAUCACACAACCAUUAGUCAAGACUUCAUCAUUAGCCUUGGCAUGCCUAUAUAUCACUAAACAUAUCCACACAUUUGAAAGAUCCAACAAAAUAUACAACGGAUUAUUGUAAAGCUCCAGAGGUUUCACAGUCUGCUCUCUGUGGACUAUGACAAAUUACCUGAGGCUAAAUCAACCUUGCUACUCUGUGAGGGGAUGUUCUCUUAAAUCUGCCCUUUUGGCCCUGGCGGUGUCGAUCUCAUUCUGCUAAACAAAUCCUGUAACCUCCACUGUCCUUUAUCCUUUGACUGGACUGACAUUCUGAUAGUGCUGGAAAGAUUUAAUCAAAGGUUUUCAAAAACCAUCAUCUUAGCAUUCUGGGAAAUUUGUGUGUGUGUGUGUGUGUCUGUGUGUGUGUGAUAGCAAGAGAGAGAGAGAGAGAGAGAGAAAGAGAGAGGCUGAUUCUCACCAGCUGCCUGCCUGAAGUCCUGAGAGUGUUCUGUUUGUCAGACCAUAUGAAAUUGCAGACUUGAAUUGAUGAUAUGUGAUAUUAUCCCACAAAACAAUAGAGUUUUAUAUAAGAGUCGUAUCUCACUAGUACCAACCACAAUAAACCUUAAAUAUAAGUAAGCAGUGUAUUGGAUAUCAGCUUCUCUGACAGUGAAAUACAUGGAAAAAAAUGAGUCAUUAAUAGGAUGCAAGAAAGGGGCGCAAACAAAUACUUCAUGUCAUCAUGUCCUUCGUUAUUGGGAAGAUGCAGGGACAAAAGAAUGGUUAAUGUACAAUUAUCAUUAUAGCCUACAUUUUUCUUUAAGAGCAGCUGACAGUCAACAAUCAGAUGACUAACAUCAAUAUAUAAAAUACACAGGUGAACUGCCAACUGUUUGAUUUGCAAUGGCAUUCAACAAAAACAUCUUGUUUUAUUUUCUGACAAGAACUUUUAAACAUUUUGAUUGCAAACGGCAGUCAAUGCAUUAUGUAACUGCAUGUUAGCAAUGUUACUGAAUGAGUGAAGAAUGCAUCAUUACACGGUUCCUGCUUGCUGGAUACAGAACUAUUCCCUUAUAUGUUUCAUAACAUCUGCCACCUCAAACAGUUGUUUUUUUUCUAAUGGGAAACAAUAAUAAUUUGAUUUACUGUUUUAAAUUAUUCAAAAAGAGUAAUAAAUGCGUUUUAGCUGUUGAAUUAUUAAUGUUCUGUAUGAAUCCUAAUUUAU